AUGGGGUGGGCGACGCGGUUCCUGGCGGCGGUGUGCUUCUUCGCCGCGGGCGUCCUCUUCGUCCCCGAGGCUCUCCUCGGUUCCCCCCCUCCGGCGCUGGCGCCGUCACCACCGCCAAGCUGGCCCACGAACCUGCCGAGGCACAUGUUCGGCAACUUGCAGAGCAAGAUGUUCCCGGCCUACUUCACGCUUAUCUCCGCCUGCGCAGCCAUCUCCGUCGCCGCCUUCGCGUACCUCCACCCGUGGAAGACGGCGUCCACCGUGGAGCGCUACCAGCUUGGAUUCCUCCUCUCGGCGCUCGGCUGCAAUCUCUCCAACCUGCUAGUCUUCACCCCCAUGACCAUCGAGAUGAUGAAGAAGAGGCACAAGAUUGAGCGGGACCUGAGCAUCGGCGAGGAAGUCGGAUGGUCAAAGAAUCAGCAGGUGGCUAAAUCCAACCCCACCCUUGCUGCAAUGAACAAGAAGUUUGGGAUGAUCCACGGGCUGUCAUCACUGGCCAACAUCAUGUCGUUUGGCAGCUUGGCCAUGCACUCCUGGUACCUGGCCAGCAAGCUAGAGCUGUGA